AUGGCUAGCUCUCUACUCACAGCGCAACGUUUGGUACAGCUGGCACCAUUCCAGCAACAGCUUAAAACUAGCUGGUACCUGUGCGCUGCUGCUGCCUUUAGCGUGUGCAAUCAGCCAAAAGAAAUCCCAAAACUGUACCACUUUGCGCUGCUGUCCGAAAGUAGACAGGAGGAGCAAGUCAUGGAAGUGGCCAGGCAAGCAAUUGCAAUCGCUGAAACGGAUCAGGCAUCUAUGCCCCAGCUCUUAGCUCAUUUGUAUCCCUCGGUGACGCCUUUUCAAAAAAUGGUUUCAGAGCAGUUCAGAGAGGCAUUGCUAAAGAGUAGCGUCCUUUGUGGACUUCCAAAAGCCAUCAACUCCUUGGCAGCAUUGAAGGAAGCCACCCCCAAUGAUCUCAAGCCUCAGGUAACCGAGCUUGAUCCAAACGACCCAAAAAACGCUCUAGGCCCUGUAAGGAAGUCUCGCAAACAGUCUCUAGAAUUCUAUAAAGAAGAAGGCUUGGAGCAUUGGAAUCACGUCUACAGCAAGGUUUCCGGUAAAGUGAUGAAUAAUUUGAAUAGCUCUUAUCCAGAUUUAUGGUAUUUUGCUCUUUGCCACGUCUACGGUCCGAUCAUAGCGUUUGAUGAAAUUUUAAAUGCGAGAGAGACGAGUCUACUUAUAAUUGCAUGUCUUGUUCCUCAAGACGUUAAUGCGCAAUUGUGGGGGCACUUGAAGGGUGCGCUUAAUGUGGGAUGCAGCGGCGAGUCUAUUGAAGCAGCUAGGAGUAUGAGCAUUCUGAUUUCAAAAUGGUGCGGGGUCAGAUGGCAAGGCGAAAUUGUAAAACUUUGA